AUGUCCGAAUCGUCUCUUCGUUGCGUCCUCGUCUACCGACUUGAAAAGGCCGGCAAAGCCAUCUGUCUGGCCAAGUACGACCACACCUACGAGGCUUCCGGAGGUGCCGCGUCCGGUCGCGACGAUGCCUUUGCCGAGGCCGUCCAGGGAAUUAUCUCCAACGACCCACCUGCCGGAAUCUCCGAGAGCAACAAGAUCGGUGGCUUCAAGGUGGUUCAAUCGGAUGAGCACCAAGUGACUUAUGGAUGUGAUAAGGAUGGAGUAUGCUGCGCCGUCAUUACUGGCAACGCAUACCAAUCUCGAGUUGCCAUUGGAUGCCUCAACGAACUGUACACGGAUUUCAUGGCCAAGUUUGGCAAAGACACCAAGUCCGCUGCUGCCAACAGCCUCUCCAAGAAGUCCAAGGCCAUCAUGAAGGCCGUCAGUUCCAAGUACGAAGACCCCAGCAAGGUGGACAAGACUGCCAAGGUUCUAGGACAAGUCGAUGCCGUCAAGGGACAAAUGCAAUCCAACAUUGCCAAUAUGCUCAAGAAUACCGAAAAGGCCGAAUCCUUGAAUGAAAAAUCCAAUCAACUCAACGAGCAGGCAUCCGUCUUUAAGAAGCGGUCCACGGACCUCAAGAAGCAAAUGCGAUGGAAGAAUCUUAAAAUGACCAUUUUGUUGGCAUUGGUCUGCAUAGCCAUUGCUUGUGCCAUUAUCAUUCCGCUGGUAAACAAGGCCAAGGCCAUUACGGGAAAUGGAAGUGGAGAAAAUUAG